AGGCACUGCAGUUCAAUCCCGUGUCUAAGGAGAAGCAGCAGGAUAUAUAUAUUAUUCAGUUGGAUUAAGAAGAGCAAGCCUGCACAUAUAUAUAGUUGGAAGUAUGGGGUUCCAGCCUCUGGUUCCGCAGCAAGACACCAACUGGGAAAUCCGGGCGGCGGUCCUGGCCAGCCUGGUCCUCCAAGUCUUCCUCAUCUUCAUCGCCCCGCUCCGCCGCCGCUCUGCCUCCCGCUUCGCCCGCUUCGUCGUCUGGUCCUGCUACCUCCUCGCCGACUGGGUCGCCGACCUCUGCCUCGGCCUCCUCCUCAACACCCUCGGCAACAUCGGCACCCCCGCCGCCCCCGUCUCCUCCCACGCCGCCGCCACCCCGAGCAGCAGAGGCAGCGGCAGCGGCAGCGGCAGCGGCUGUAACAACACCAGCAGCCCCGUCAUCUUCGCCUUCUGGGCCCCCUUCCUCCUCCUCCACCUCGGCGGCCCCGACACCAUCACCGCCUUCUCUGUUGAGGACAACGAGCUCUGGCGCCGCCACCUCAUCGGCCUCCUCUUCGAGCUCUUCGCGGCCGCCGCCGUCUUCUUCUGCUCCCUCCAGGGCAACCCGUUUGUCGUCGCCUCCGUCUUCAUGUUCGUCGUCGGCGUCGUCAAGUACGCCGAGCGCACCUACUGCCUCUACCGUGGGAGCGCCGACGGCCUGCGCAGCUCCAUGCUCGGCGAGCCCGACCCGGGCCCCGACUAUGCCGAGCUCAUCCAGAAGUACGACUUCUCAAAAUUCGCGCUGGAAAGCGAAGACACGGACUGGAAGCUCGACAAAGACAGCCCCGUUGAAUCCACCGCAUUCCGACUCUACCAAAAAUUCCAGUACCUCUUCGCGGACCUCAUACUCAGCUUCAAGGAGCGCAACGUGAGCAAAAAAUUCUUCUCAGAUCUGGAUGCCGACAAGGCCUUUGAGUUGAUCGAGGUGGAGCUCGGCUUCGUCUACGACAUCGUCUACACCAAGGCGGCCGCCGUGCACACGCGAGCCGGGUACGCCCUCCGGCUGAUCGGAUCGGCGUGCAUCGUAGCUGCUCUCCUCACGUUCUUUUUCGUCGACAAGCGUGGAUUCACGCUCUUAGACGUCGCCAUCACCUACGCACUGCUACUCGGUGCAGUCGUGCUCGACGCGGCAGCACUCAUGAUGCUUCUCUCCUCCGACUGGACCCGCGUCUUCUGCGCGGACAACCCGUUCUUCAAUAAGUGCUGCUUAUUCAUCGAGAACAAGUACUCAUGGUUGAGGCUGAGGAGGAGGGGGCGGCGCUGGUCGCGGAAGGUUUCGCGGCUGAGCCUCAUAGGCUACUGCCUCGGUGAGCCGGGCGGGGCUGGGCCGCCGGGCGUGAGCCGACUCGUGAGUUGGCUCGCCGACAAGCUAAGGGUCAAAGAAUUCUUAGAUGAGACACUACUCUACGUGAGGCGCGAGAAGGUCACGGAGGAGCUGAAGGAGUUCGUGUUCAACAAGUUGAGGGAAAAGGCGUCGGAGGCAAAAGACUACGCGAAGAUAAAGGAGGUGUGCGAGCAAAGAGGCGCUGGGGCGCUCAAGAAGCUGCAGAAAGAAAGCUCGGACGUGCAGAACAGAAGCUCGGACGUGCAGACCGAAAGCUCGGAGGCGCAGAACGAAAUCUCGGACGUGCAGAACGAAAGCCCGGAGGUGCAGACCGAAAGCUCGGACGUGCAGAAGAAAAUCUCGGAGCUCAUCAGGGAGUGCGUGGAGGUAGACUUUGACCAGAGUCUCCUCCUGUGGCACAUCGCCACCGAGCUCUGCUACUACCAGGACAAGACUAGUGCUCAAAACGAUGAGACGGAAAAGCUGAAGCGGAUCAGCAUGGCGGUGUCAGAGUACCUGCUGUACCUACUGGUGAUGCAGCCGGCGAUGCUGUCGACGGUGGCGGGCAUUGGCAUGCUGCGCUACCGCGACACGUGUGCGGACGCGCGCCGGUUCUUCCGCAGCAAGCGCGGGCGGCAGCUGAACGGGGACCACGCGGGCGCGCUCCUCGCCGUGAAGACCGACGUCAAGCCGGCCGUCGUGAAGGGAGACCACAGCAAGUCGGUGCUGUUCGACGCCUGCAUCCUGGCGAAGCAGCUGGGGAUGUUGGACGGGGAGAAGAAAUGGGAGGUGGUGUCGGAGGUGUGGGCGGAGAUGCUCGCCUACGCGGCGUGCCACUGCCGCGCGGCGGCGCACGCGGGGCAGCUGAGCCGCGGAGGAGAGCUCGCCACCGUCGUCUGGCUCCUCAUGGCGCACGUGGGGCUGGGGCAGCUCUUCCAGAUCCAGUCCCGCACCCCCUUCCUAUAUGCAGUAUAUAAAUAGAUCAUAGAUGGACAUGCAGCUGAAUGGAUUGUACCACCUACAAAUCAGUGGUUUGCAGUAUCAUAUAUAUAGAGGUGUAUGCAUCUUGUGUCGGGUGUAUGCGAGAGAGAAAAGUAAGUAGUUUUUUUUUUUUUUUUUUUGAAUUAAGUACAAAUCAGUGGUUUGCAGUGUCUUA